AUGAUGGACUCGUCGCCUCAAUCCAAGAACCCGGAGCCUACCCUCCCCAUGGCCGGCACCAAGCGUCCUGCUCCGAGCCUUCUCCCGGCAUUCGAACCUCUGUCUUCCUCCCCGGGCUUUCCUCGACCUUCCAAGCGUCAAGCUCGUCCCGGUUCCGUUGGAGGAAACAGCGCCUACCUCAAGUAUCCCACGCCAAUUCCGACUUCGAGCACCGGCAUCCUCUCAUCUUCCCCACCCCGCGUCCACCAGCGCCCCGGCGCUCUCUCGCGAGCCCUCUCCUCCGCCUCCGAACGCACGCCCCUCGGUGCCGUCGCCUCCAUUGAACUGAACGACAACGGCGAGACCCUGCUCAUGGGCCGUUCUAGCAACUCAUCCCAUUACCAACUCUCCGCCAACCGUCUCGUGUCCCGUGUGCACGUCAAGGCGCGGUUCGUGCCUGCUCCCUCGGCACUGGAGCCGAAUAAGAUUGAGAUUCUGUGCAAUGGCUGGAACGGACUGAAGCUGCACUGCCAGGGCCGCACGUGGGAGCUGCUCAAGGGCGACUCGUUCACGUCCGAGACGGAGGGUACCGAAAUUAUGCUUGACGUCCAGGAUGCGCGUGUCAUGAUCCAAUGGCCGAAGCGGGACCAGCGUGACCGGCUGGGAAGCCCCGAGUCCCAGUGGGACGACUCCCCGCCCCGGCCCAAUGCCCGUGCCGCCGCCGCCGCUGCCAACCUGCUCCAGUCAAGCCCCCUGCGCCGUACCUCGCGCAUCGAGUCUCCGGACUCUCCAACGCCGGCGCACAUGACCAGCUCCCAGCGCCUGCAAGCUCUUCUUCCCACCGAUGAUGGAGAGGUCCACAUCUACGAGGACUCCAGCGCAGACGAGCCUGAACUUCCCAAGCUUACUGACUCGGGUGUCAAUGUCGGCCAGAGCUUCGCUACCGAAGUGACCAACUCUUUCUCGUCCGAGCUCAGUGAGCCCGAAGAUGAGAACGACCCGGAUGAGGAAAACGACCCCAUCGUCCACUCCUUCGGUCCCUUUGGAGCUGACAUUUCCAACCGCCUGGCCUCUGUCUUGGCCACUGCACCCAAGUACCCCUCUUCCAAACACUCACAGCUGCCUCCUAUCCGGGAUGACUCCAACCCCUCCAGCCCCAUCUCGGCACCGCCAAAGUCGCCGGUCAUCAAGGAGGAAGAAGAGGAAGUCAAGGAGCCUCCCUACGAGAACCCUGCCGUGCGCAACCAUGUCGUCAACCAGCUCGCCUUCUCCCGCCUGUCGUCCAACCCUCUGUCGACCAUCAUGAACAACCUCCCCUCCGAGCAGAAGAAGGGUCUGCUCAAGGAACAAUUGCGAAGCCUAUUGGAGAACACGGCGUGCAUCGGCAUCAUCCGCCGCCAGGGCAAGGAUGCCGCCGGCAAGCCCCUCGAGAGCGAGUACUACUACGUCCCCGAGGCCGACGACGACGAGCAGCGUCGCUUCGCUGUCACGGACGGCCUCCGGAAGCCCAGUCUGAGAGCCUGCAGAAAGCAGCACAAGCAAUACUACUGGAAGCGCCCGCGAACCCCUUGA